AUGACACAAAAGGGGCAGGCCUUUUUUAUUUUCAUUUUCAUGGCUACAAAAUCGUAUGUGCGUCCUUUAACUGUUGCCAACUUUUUCAUUCUCAACAGAAAGGAAAGGUCCUAGUUUGUGUGGAAACAACGCAGAAAAUCAGUCUGACAAUCUGUAACUAACAUUCAAAUGGAGUAUUAUACAGUCUCAACCAAAUAUGGUGCUCGGAUUGAACUCCAGACUGAAGUAAAAGAUAAACUCUUUAAUCUUGAUGUUGUUUUGGGAAAUAUGUUUGAAGACUGGGAUACUGAUCCUCAGCUUGUCUUGGAGAAGGAAGAAGAGUUCUACAGAGGAGCCCCACCACAAUGGCUGAACUUCUACUGUGCUGAGAGAAAUCAUACACCUUUUGUUAAGAGGGACAUAUACACAAAAAUAACAAAACUUAUACAAAAGAAAAGAAAAAUAAACUGUAGCACGUCCACUAUUAAUCUCUUUCAUCAGCCAGGCAGUGGAGGUACUACACUGGCAAUGCAAGUUCUCUGGGACUUGAGGAAAGAGCUCAGAUGUGCACGAGUAAUUGAUUCAGUAUCAGAUUCAAAAGCAAUUGCGCAACAAGUAAUACAUCUGUUUAAUGGGGUUGCUUCACAAAUCCAGAACACAGUCCUACUACUUGUGGACAGAGAGACAGACACAAAUGAGGACAUGCAAUUUAUCUCUGACUUGCAAGACAAUCUGACAAAAAAAAUAAAAGAGAGCAAUAUCAAUGCAAACAUUCCUGUGGUCAUCAUUUUAAACUGCCUUCGAAAAAAGAACAAAACAGGAAAGGAGAAACUAAUGUUGUGUACAAGCCUUUCAAAAGAAGAGCAGGACAAUUUUAAUGCUAAACUUACAGAGAUUGCUGAGAGACACGACAGACACAAGGAAUUUCAUGGUUUUAACAUAAUGCAGAGGAAUUUCAGCCAAACUUACAUUACUGAGGCCUGUGAAUAUCUCAAACCUUUAAAGAAAAAAAGGAGACCUCGCAACGCUCAAAUGCUAUCUUAUUUGGCUUUGAUUAACUCAUAUGUCCCAGGUUCAUAUCUUACUGAGACCUUGUGCCUGGAAUUUGUGGAUAAGAAAAAUCACAUUUCUGGCCGUCCCACUUUGGAAAAACAAAUGGGAGCCUUUGCAGAUCUUCUGGUGAUAUAUUCAACACGUUCUGGAGGGACCAAAUAUAAGGACAGAUGUAUACGAAUGGCACAUCCGAUGAUCGCUGACAAAUGUCUACAGUUACUAACCGACGCUGGCGUAACCUUGAGUGAUACGACUAUAAAACUCAUCUCACACUUAUGCCCUCAAACAAUUCCCCCUUACUUGGUGAAAACAAUCAAACAUCUGCUUACAAAGCGAGAAAAAUAUCUGCCAAACGAUGAGAGAGAAGAAACACUUCACAAGUUCUCCAAUCUUAUCCAAGAUAUUACGGAGAAAGAAAAAAAAUCAAUGUGUGAGGGAGUGUUCAAACAUGCAGCUAAGAAGCUUCCACAGGAUCCAUUUAUUCCACAAGCUUUUGCACGUUUUUAUUACAUCAAGCAAACAGAUUAUGCAAGAGCUGAAACCUGGGCGAAAAUUGCUAUUAAGAUGGAACCAAAUAAUUCUUUUAUCAGAGACACACUUGGACAAGUCUACAAAAACCAACUGAAGAACCACAACCUUGAAAUUCUUUCUAGAAAGAUUUUACAGAUUGGAAAGCAAGCAUUUAAAGCUUUUGAAGAAGAGGCAGAGAUCGCAGAAAAGGAACUAGACCCAAAGAUGCAAGAGGACGGUGUGACACACGUCUCUGCUGUUUUUAAUUACAGAGGGCUUUUUGGCUACAUACAGGUAGCAAACACGAUGUUCUACAAGCUAAAAAACAUUAACUCAGAAUGGUCCAAAGUGCUCAGACAGGAAACACAGUCUCCCAGUUUAAUCAGCUCUGAAAAUUGCAAAAAAUACCAAUCUCUCCUCACAAGCUUAAGGCAAAGAAUUGAAGAGAAAUGCAAUUUUUUUGAGACCUUUCUAAUAUACUCAAAGCCAAACAUUGAUAAAAAUGAACCACAGUACAUUUGGACAGACACUGCCAAGUGCUACGAAAAUUAUAUAAAAGAAGAGGAACAAUUCAGCAUGUCUUUUGAAGGUCUGCUUUCCGCUUUAAGCCACAUCACAAGUGUUUCUGACCUGGAGCAAAUCACAGAACAAUGGAGAGAGAUUUAUAUGAAUUCUCAGUUUGAUAUUGAUGCUCAAAACUACAUUCUCGCCAACAUCAUGUUGAGUCAGAAGUCUGCAAACUCUGAAAUACUCAGACCAGUGCCAGAGCUCCAGGACAUAUUACAGAAACUUUGGGGGAGAGAGAACAAAAACAGAAGCCCAGAGUUUUACCUCUUGGUCCUUUUGCUGUUUUGGCAUGAUAGUGCAAAGAAAACCAGUAACACUCCCGACCUUAAAGAGUGUGUCCAAUACAUGUGUGAUUCAUAUGAAAGAACCUAUCAGAAACACCUUCGCUCUCGCUACCUUGUUCCUCUCUUCUUCCUUGGGAGCGGUGGAGGAUUGCAGAGACUUGUUCAUUCCUCUAGGAGUAACCCUGACCACUUUUCUGAUGAAAGAAAUCAGAUUGAGAUCACCCGUCUCCUCACUGAAGAGCAUGAGAAUGCUGAAAUCGAAAGUCUUCAGCGUAUUGAAGGGGAGAUUAGAAAUCAUAAGGUGUUUGCUUUUAGAGGUGGAAACCAAAUUGAAGUUUCACCCCACAAUCAGGCCAGUGUGUACAAUAAAGACCUGGUCUCCUUCUACCUUGGCUUUACCAUCAGAGGACCUGUUGCCUACAACAUCAGAUAUGUCAAGAAAUCUGCUCAGUUUGUGGACAAACACAAGGAGAAAAUCAUUCAGCAAGUCAAGAAGGUGGAUUCUAUCAUAGAUGACCUUCGCCCACUGAUUGGCACUGAGCAAUACUCAACCAUCAUAGCAGCUUCAACAAACGAAGACAAAAUGAGACAACUAUACUCUAUUAUAUCAGCAGGAUAUGAAAUGAAGGACAAAUUUUACCAGAGCCUUUUAAAGUAUGAGAAAGAACUUAUUCACCUUUGGGAAAGAGAGUUCCAGUGAGUUGUACAGCGUGUUGUAAUGGUCUAAAAGCGAUAUUUGAUAAACUUCAAACAGUGCUGCACUGUGCUCAAGAAAUUAUUGACUCUUAAUACUUCUCUUUUUAGUCCUAAAAGACUUUAAGAUCAUAACUAUCAGUGUAUUCAAGUUAUAAGCAUGGGUUCCAAUUAUGGUACAUGGGUUCGAUAUUGUUAUAAUGCUCUUUGUAAUGAUUUACUGAGUACUUUCUUUCUAAUUCUAUGUACUAAGUAGCUCAUUUUUUAAAGAAAUUUCAGGAAUUGUAUAAAUCGAUCAGUUAAAAAUGUUUCAUAAACAAGUAAUUUGCUGUUGUAGUAAGACUGCAUUUAUUCCAAUAAAAGCAAU